UAUCAAUAUUAAUAUCAGUAAUAUCUACCCAGAAAAGGGUUCAAAACCAAGCUUUACGGAACAGACAAGGAAGAAGUUGAUAUUUGUGUUGGAUUUCCCAAACACUGAAUCCUACAGUCAUACACAGUAGCUAACCCCAGGCGAGUAAGGUAUUCGCUGCCUACAUCCGGUGCUUUUUCUUUCUAAAUGGCGGAGGAUGAAGGUGAUUAUGUCCAAGAAUUUUCUUUAUUGGAAUCGACAGGACAACGUGUUGUCUUAAAGAUUAACGUUAAAGAAGGGCACGUAAGAUAUAUUAGGAAGGGAGAGGUUAAACAAUCGUGCAUGGUACAAGAUCUUACAGUCUGUAGCAAGAAUGAUUUAGAAAUAGCAGUCAAUAUUGGGCCACUUGAAAAAAUAUUGUCGGCUGAAAAUUCCCAGAGCAAAGUGGAAACCCUAAAAAACAUUGAAGCAAUCAAAGAACAACACGCGAUCAAACCUAGCAUCUACUCAAAAGAAGGAUCUUACAUAAUAAAAGAAGGAUUUUUGAAUAAAAAGGGAAAUACCGUACUUGAAAAAUGGGCCAGGCGAAAAGUAUGCAUCAAACGAGGACUUAUAAUCUAUUACCCAGAGCAAUCAGAGAAAACGAUUAAACUUGAGCCUAUUAUAGAAUGUCAUGUGGAGGCCAUAGGGACAGACAAGUUCAACGUCACAGUACCGGAAAGAACUUACAGUUUUCAGAUUCCAGACUCUGUACGAGACAAAGAGGAAGAACGGGAUAACUGGAUAAAAUGCAUAAGAACUGCUAUAACUGACAGAGUCCCACCCCAAAGACCCGGAUUUCAUCAGGUGUUACCAGAUGAUGUUAUUCGAAAGAGCAUCAAACGGAAAACCAUCCCCAAAUCUUUGGUAGUAAAGCAAGGCUACCUUGAUAAAAGGGGAAAUGCGAAAGUCAAAGUCUGGAAUGAGCGUUUUGUCAGUGUGGAAAUUGGAAAGUUUUCAUACGCUCUCCCAAACAAAACAGAAAAUACGUUAAAUGUGGUCAAUCUUCAAGAGGGUGAAGUUUCAGUUAUAUCCACUAAAACCUAUGGGUUUGAUGUACAGAUUCCUGGCCGAACCUUCCAUUUUAGAAUUCAAGCCAAAGUGGAAAACAAAGAGGAAGAACAUUUAAAUUGGAUGAAAGCUUUUAACAAAGCAUGCUGCUCCACUACAUCCUCUGAGUUAAUAAAAGGAGAACACGAAGAAAAUGACGACAACACAAAUAAGAAAGAAAAAGCUUUUAACAAAGCAUGCUGCUCCACUACAUCUUCUGAGUUAAUUAAAGGAGAAAACGAAGAAAAUGACGACGACAACACUAAUAAGAAAGAAAAGGAAUUAAAGAGUGUGACGGACAACACUGAUGAUGAUGAAAGCUGUAGCGACACUUCGAGAAUUCCAUUAAAAGGGAGCUUUAAGGAAACUAAACUGGGUUCAACAAGAUCGUACCGGAAACACCUCAGAGGCGACAGUUUAGAUGAGCACCUCUAAAUCCGGUCUUUUAUGUUAAUCAU